UUCUGGUUCCGUCUCGGGUCUGGCUUGUGGGACUGGUUCUUCGGAGCCCCCGCCACAGUUGCCCCGAGGCCAUGAACCGCGAGAGCUUCGCGGCGAGCGAGCGGCUGGUGUCGCCGGCUUACGUGCGGCAGGGCUGUGAGGCCCGGCGCUCGCACGAGCACCGCAUACGGCUGCUUCUGGAGAAGGGCAAGUGUCCGGAGGAUGGUUGGGAUGAAAGUACAGUCGAACUGUUCCUACAUGAACUCGCAAUCAUGGACAGCAACAAUUUCUUGGGCAAUUGCGGUGUGGGAGAAAGGGAGGGGAGAGUGGCCUCCGCCUUAGUUGCUCGCCGCCACUACAGGUUCAUUCAUGGAAUUGGACGAUCUGGAGAUAUUGCUGCUGUGCAACCCAAAGCUGCAGGCUCUAGCCUUUUGAACAAAAUUACCAAUUCUUUGGUCCUGGAUAUCAUGAAGUUGGCUGGUGUCCAUUCGGUGGCCAACUGUUUUGUAGUUCCUAUGGCAACGGGUAUGAGUCUAACCCUGUGUUUCUUAACCUUACGACAUAAAAGACCAAAGGCAAAGUAUAUCAUAUGGCCACGGAUAGACCAGAAGUCGUGCUUUAAAUCCAUGAUCACUGCAGGUUUUGAGCCCGUGGUGAUAGAGAAUGUUUUGGAAGGUGACGAGCUGCGCACAGACCUGAAAGCAGUGGAGGCUAAAAUCCAGGAACUUGGGCCUGAUCGCGUUCUGUGUGUUCACUCUACUACAUCCUGUUUUGCUCCAAGGGUUCCUGACAGAGUAGAAGAGCUGGCUGUGCUUUGUGCUAAUUAUGGCAUCCCGCACAUCGUCAACAAUGCCUACGGACUGCAGUCUUCCAAGUGCAUGCAUCUCAUUCAGCAGGGUGCUCGGGUUGGUAGAAUAGACGCUUUUGUACAGAGCUUGGACAAAAAUUUUAUGGUUCCAGUAGGUGGCGCUAUAAUUGCUGGCUUUAACGAUACCUUCAUUCAGGAAAUCAGCAAGAUGUAUCCAGGAAGAGCCUCAGCGUCGCCAUCUUUAGAUGUCCUCAUUACUUUACUAUCACUUGGAUCAAGUGGCUAUAAGAAGUUGUUAAAGGAAAGGAAGGAAAUGUUUUCCUAUUUGUCCAGCCAACUAAAGAAAUUGUCAGAAGCCUACAAUGAAAGAUUAUUGCAUACGCCUCAUAAUCCCAUCUCUUUAGCUAUGACCCUUAAGACGCUAGAUGAACACUGUGACAAAGCUGUCACUCAGCUUGGCUCGAUGCUUUUUACCAGACAAGUAUCUGGAGCCAGGGUUGUGCCUGUUGGGUCUGUGCAAACUGUGAGUGGCUAUACGUUCAGAGGCUUCAUGUCACAUACAAAUAACUACCCUUGUGCUUACCUCAAUGCUGCGUCAGCCAUUGGAAUGACGACACAGGAUGUGGACUUGUUCAUAAAGAGACUUGACAAAUGUUUAAAGACACUAAGAAAAGAACAAAAUGAAGAGGCUGAUGUAUCUGGAGUUGACAGUUAUGACAAAAUUGAAGAUGCAGCUAUUGAAGAAAUGAUUUUUAAACUGGAUAAUGCUUGACACAUUCCAGGGUGCUUCUUCGUGAAAUACAAAAGCCUUCUUUUUGAUAAUUUGCAAGAAAUAAUGAGGCUGUGGUCCAAGCAAGUGAUUUGAAGACAAGACUUGAGAAGUUUGAAUUGAGAAUUUCUUGGAGAAUAUUUAGUCAAGGAUCAGACUGUGCCCUAAGCCAGUCACUGAUGAUUGUUAGAACUCCCUCAACCCGUGCAGUACCUAACAGGUUAACACACCCAACUACUAUCUUUCUAGUUGUUAAGAAUCUUUGUCAGUGAAGCACCAUGCCCAGAUCUCAGUAACAGAAUGGCUUUAAAUUACCUGUAAUUCUCUUUGAUUCGGGCGGCUGAGACCUCCAGCCAGUUCUCCUUAUUCACCGAUUACUUAGUUUUCCGAUCACACAGAAUUUAGACGGGCCUAAAGCUGCUGCAGAGUGAAUAUGUGGGAGGGGAGUAAGUCACGUGUGUACAGCAGACGUGCCCCACGAAGGAGGAGUCAAGUUAAGACUUCAGUUUUGUCUCAGAAGCAAGGGUUCUCAACCGGGGCUGAUUUGCUGUAUAUCUCAGCGACAUCUGGGACAUUUUUCUUGUCUCAGCUGGGUGGAUGCUGUUGACGUUUGGGGAGUAGAGGCCAGGAAGCUGCCUGUCAUCAUACAGAUGCACAAGACAACUUUCCACAACAAAGGAUAAUCUGGCCCAAAAUGUCAGUGGUGCUGAGUGUGAGAAACACUGCUCUGAGAUACGGGAACUCCCCGAGUGAUGAGUUUUCCUUAGGAACUUCAGUUGUUCGGUAGUACAGCCCUGUGCCACAUAGCUACAUUUGUCAGCGAUAGAACUGGGUGAGACAGCGGUCCAGGAGAUUCUGUCUCCCAGGAGCCACCCUGGCUUGUGCGGAUGCCGGCUGUGAUGUUUGCCUGAUAAUGAUAGCAGCUCACAGUGGGUGUCUGAGUGGAUCGCUGUCGUUAGGUGAUGAUGAGUGUACUUCCCAAAAAGCAAGGCUAUUUCCUGUUAUCAAACGAUACUAUAGAGACGCUUACGUGGCCAGCAGGGUCACCAGUUCUAAACAUGUCUUCAUAAAUUGUCUUCUGCAGCACUGGCACGUUUCCUGUUUGGGCAGGUUGAACAGCUUACUCCAUGCACACCUUUUGCAUUCCGCAGCCUGUGUGCAUCGGCUGGUUUGCUCAGCUGCUGUGCACAGCCUUCCUCAGGAUUGGCUGACGUGGCUGCUUUGAACGUAGUUUUGCUUGGAGGAAAGUGAUGGAGGGGGUUAAACAGGUGUUCCCUGCACCUGCCCGUGCGCUCAUUUUCUAAGUCUGGAGUUCCACCGUUACCAGCCCUAACAGUCAUUUUUGGUGUUGAUUUUGAGAAAUAGCUUGAUGUCCCAGCCUGAGGAGCGAGUUCACUGUUCGGCCAAAGCCACAUCAGCCCAAGCCUGCUCUGGGGAGCAUUGUUCCUAAGAGAGGCUCGCAGAGGGAGAAGUCUGUUGUCUGAGGACAAGUAAUUUUGGGAAAUGCCUUUAUAAGCCUGCUAGUAGCAUAUUAAAGGCACUGGGAGAAUUCCUGCAGUAAAGAAUCUCACUUGAAUACAUCCCUAUCCAUAGAAUCCAUUCUUUAAGAAGAAAUACUUCCUAAGAUCUCAUGGAAUGGACUUUGAGAAACACUGCAGCAAGAAUGCUGUGUGGAUUUCUGUGUUGCAUGUUUCUUUUUGAUUUGACAGUGUAGACUGUGUACGAGAAAGGGGUUUUCUAGUGUGUGGGUGACAUGGCCCAUCAUCUGAGACCAUUUGUGAAGAUACACUCAGCCAGAUAACCCUUCUAACAGGUGUUAGAAUACUGUCAGGGCUCGCUCGGCAACCUUGUAAGUCAAGACUGUGCUGGGAUAAAGUACUCUUAAAUAUCACAAGGGUUAUGUUAGAAUCUAUUCUAUCAUUGAGGUUCAAGCAUGUAAAAUUAAAAUAGAUAUAGCAAUUCAUUGCAGAGGGAUAGAUCCUGGGCUAAAUGUACGAUGUUGUCCUGUGGAUUGAGGGCAGAGCUGUAGAACUAGGAAAGCCGGAGUUGGAGCGGAGCCUGCAGAUCCGAGGAGGGGAAUGGAUGCUGCCGCAGAUGUAAAUGCUGGCCCUGCAGCUUCCUGUCCAUGUCAGCCAAGAUUGGUGAUGGGACAAGGGAUCCAUACUGUGUGAUCAUCACUUAGCACAAGGAAGGCCAGAUCCCAGAGCCCAGCAAAUGUUUUCUCAUCUGCAGUGUCUCAGCAGUUCUUGGGCUUCAGCUGCUGAAUAGAUAAUAAUUCUAAUUGAAGAUAAAUUACGUGAACCCACAAGUGAAUGAUAGAUACAGCAUUUCAUUCCUGAUGCAUAAAAUCAGCUGUGGUUUUUAUUAUUAACCCCUUCUUUUUCAGUGGCCUUAGAAUUUCAGCUCUUCUUGCUGGCUUCAAACUUGACCCCAAGAUCGUAGAAUUCAGGUGGUUUCUGAAGGGAUAUGGGAGGUUCUGUCAGUACAGGCUCUCCUUCGCCCCAUCCCCCCGCGUUAGGGGGGAUGUGUUCCCUCACUCUCCCACCCCCACAUAGAAGUGUUAAGUAUGUGGGGGAAGUGAUUUGUUACAGAUAGCAUGGGUUGGUGAGCCUCGUGGUUGGCCCCUGUUAUCCUUGGCGUGGGGAGGGCAGUGGAGGCUGCAUUUCCAGUCAUUGCCUGCGAUGACCUCUCCUGUCUUCGGGAUCCAACUUCCCUCAUUAAGGCUGUCAGGCAGAAUUGUGGAGUUUGGUUUCUAAAGUCAUUGGGCUGUGGAGGUCUGCCUCAAAAAGAAAAUUGAACAGAAUGAGGUAUUCUUUUGGUCACUACACAGUGUGUUACUUAUAUACAAGGUAGGGAAAGAUGUGGUAAAUCAGGCUCUCAGUUUGGCUCGUAGGUCCUCUCCUGAUGAAUUCUCACUGUCAGGGAAUGAUAUGUGCCGCCAGCCUUAGGAACCCGUGUUCAACUGUAAAUCUUUCUAUUUAGCUUUUUGUGUUAGCGGAAUGAAGUUAUAGAAUAUGAAUAUGAAUUAUUGAAUACAGUUCUGUUCAGCCAAUAGGCACUUGAUAUACAGAAUGCUAAAUUUAAAUAUAAAUUAACUUUUAUCUAAUAGUUUGACUCAGCACAUAAUUCUACUGUGGACCUGUUUCUUUCACCACCUCAUAAUAAGAAGUGUCACCGAGACCUGAGCUAUGGAAUAUGCUUUUCUUUGUAGACCAUGUCUGUGACUUCCAUAGAUUUUAGUACAAUCUAAGUGAAAGAUAAUGUUUUAAUUGGUGAUGUUAAUUCACUGUCGAAUGAGUGGCUCAUCUCGAGAGUUAAAUUUUUGUGACCUUUCGUAGAGGUAAAUGACCUGCAGUUGGAAACAACAGCAACAAAAUCUGUUGAACCUCGUUCUCACUAUGCUCAGAGCAAUUUGGGGGAACAGACCAACAUUCGGUGCCUGUAAACAUUGUGUCUUCUUUCCCCACUCUUAAGAGGUACUGAUUCCGCCAUGCCCUUCAGAGGCUUUCCUAUGUUUUACAUUCACAAGACUGACCUUAUUUUAUAACUAUACAAAAAUUCAGCUUUGCAUACACAGAAGUUUUGUAACCUCUAAACAAUGGGUAAGAACCAGUUGAAUACAGUGUUACCAGUGGGAGGAGAAGUCCCUGUAAACAGGUUGGUCCUUGCUUGUCACGUUGUAUUGGUUCUGUGUGUUACAGCCAGUCACAGCCAGUCGGAGGCUGCAGGGCUCAGCGGGGCCCACCGUGCCCACUGUGCCUGCUCACUUUCAUGUGGCCCUGCUGGUAUCUAGUGAAAGAUGAUGGCCGAAGAGGAAGUGAACGUGUCUGCGCUGUCCUACCUCAUGGUCCAAGGCACAGUCUGGAAAUGUUUAUGCUGUUUUGCUUUUAUCAAGUCGUGUCAACACGAGCUUCUAGAAGAAUAUGAAGAGAGGCUGAGUUUCACUGAGGAGCUGUGGGGGGUUUUAGCCGUGAGAACACGAGGCUCAUGUCGGUCUGCUAACUUGCAUGCCUUACCAAAAAGAUUUUUUCCAAAAUAUUUUUGGUGUAGACUGUUUUAAGAUUGAAAAAAAUGAAUUAUAUAAUUUAUCGUGAAAUAAAUUUUUAAUAAAUCAUUGACAAUA